AUCCUAUUAAAGUUCACACUCAGAAUAAGAUACCUGAAAUGGAGGCAACUCAGAUAAGGAUUAUCGACAAAACCAUUGUUUUACCUACCCUUCCACCAUUCCAUGAAGACCAUACCCUUGCACUCUCCCACAUAGAUAAUGAUCGUAACAUCCAGGUUAAUUUCCGUUACCUUCGUGCUUAUGUGAACUCCCAUCCCAACCCGGCCGAUCCUGUCCUUAUUAUCUCUGAAGCACUGUCGAAAGUCCUCGUCCACUACUACCCUCUUGCGGGAACUCUCCAACGCCAUUCUCAAGAUUCGCGGUUCGAGCUAUUUUGUUCUGCAGGUCAAGGUGUACCUGUGAUCCGAGCCGUCUGUAAUCAGUCACUUGACUCGUUGAAUUAUCUCGAUGACCCAGCUGAGAAGUUCCUCGAAGAAUUGGUGCCCGACCCGGAAUAUGAAGAUGUUCUGGAACACCCAUUUGUGUUGCAAAUUACAACAUUCGCAUGUGGUGGAUUCAGCUUAGGCUCUUCCGUUUACCACUCAAUGUGUGAUGGGUUUGGAUCGGGUAUGUUUUUCAAUGCAAUGGCUGAGUUAGCUCGUGGAGCUAGUGAGAUCUCUACCAAACCUGUUUGGGAAAGAGCGAAUCAACUAGGACCUAGAAGUCCACCUAAAGUUGAGUUCCCAUUUCAUGAGUUUUUGUUGUUAGACAAAGAAUUCUCACCUUACAAGGGAAACAUUAGCAAUUUAUCUAUUCGAGAGUGUUUUCAUGUACAAGACGAGGCAUUAGAACGAUUUAAAGGCUUAUUAUUUGAACAAUCAGGAGGAAAGAAAUUCACUACAUUUGAAGCUUUGGGUGCUCUUAUAUGGCGAGCCAGAGUCAAGGCCUCUAAAUUUCCAAGUGAGGAGAAGGUGAAAUUUGCAUACUCUCUCAACAUCAGAAACCAACUAAAACCAGCCUUGCCAUCGGGUUAUUGGGGCAACAGUUGUGUAACAAUGUACGUGCAACUAACAGUUCAAGAACUACUGCAACAACCGAUUUGGGUGAUAGCGGAACUCAUUAGCAAAAGCAAACGGAACGCUACCGAUGAAUACGUGAGAUCGUUUAUUGAUUUUCAAGAGUUACAUUAUACAGAAGGAAUUACAGCGGGGAAAGGUGUUAGUGGAUUCACAGAUUGGAGACAUUUAGGCCAUUCGACAAUGGAUUUUGGAUGGGGUAGUCCGGUUACUGUCUUGCCACUUUCCAGGAAUUUACUUGGCAGUUCUGAACCUUGUUUCUUCUUGCCGUACUCAUUGGCAGUCCAUGGAGGUAAGAAAGAUGGAUUUAAGGUUUUGGUUUCUUUGCCUGAGACAGCCAUCGCUGGUUUCAGAGCUGAAAUGGAGAGGUUUGAAAGUAAAUUAUGAGAAGUUUGAUGAAUCAUCACAAAUAAAGGGGGUCAUUGUUUUAGUUUUUCUUUCAACCAUUUUAAUCAAGUAUUAAAGUUUGUUGUCGUUAGGGUUCCUUAUAUCUUGAAAGCAAUAUUUUAUUGACCAA